CCUGGUAGUUUGGGAAGGCUGAUGUUUUAUUUAUCCCUUCUUCCUCCGUCAUCAUCGCUGCUUGUGAAGCUUUGGUUGCUGUUGAUUCAUUUAUAGCAUUAAAAAACAUCAUCCUCACGAUCACCCACAAAUAAGCUGACAGGUAGAUUAAGAGCCUAUGUAUGAAUUGAAGUUCUCCUCAGUUUGAGUGUUGAGGUUGCUAUGGAGUCAGUGUUCACGGCAGAUUCCCCUUCUUAUUGGGAUUUCAUUGUUGUCCUCCUUCUCCGCCCUCUCCUUGCCUUUGGAUUUGUUCUCUUCUUAAUUUCUCUGGGCUGGUUGCUGGCAUGGAAAUUAGUCCUGGUACACGUUCCUUUGGUGCAAGAGAUUUUUGGUCUCAGGAAAAAACCUGUCAAAUCUAAACCACCAACUCGUCGUCUAUCUAAAUUUUAUAGUACCAUUAAUGCUCAAAAGUCUCAAUAGCUUCGGCAUGGUAAUUUUCCUUUUCUCUUUUCUGUUUUCCUCCACCAUUAGAUUUGCUUACCCACUUGUUACUCAUAGAUGCUAUUGUAUUUUUCAGUUGAUUAGUGAACCUGACAAUUAUUUUGUGUACAGUGUGGUCCCUCUUCUAGAGUCUAUUUAUGAUUUUCAUUUUCCAGCCCCCCCCCCCCCAAAUACCUUGGUUCCUUGGUUAAGAGGAUCAGACAGAGCCAAAGAGUUCUACUGGUUUUUGGCUUGUGCUAAGGGACUUGAAAUGGAUCUAGUGCUCGUUUUGUAGUCUAUAUUGUGAUUGGGGCAUCCAACUAUUAACAUUAAUGAUCCCCAUCAAGAUGAAUUCUUAGCAAUAUUUCUAUUAUGAGAUGUCACCAAGACAUAAAUAUCCAGUUCACAAAGGUUUUGGGUGAUAAUAUUGUUAAA